CGCGCCCCGGCUCUGCUGGAGGCGGAGCGUUCUCGGCGGCGGCCGCAGGAGCCGCUUCUUUGUCGGAGGCCGCGCCGGCGGCGGGAGGGACUUGCUGAGGUUUUUGCCGGCUUCAAGCCCUGCCCUCUUGUCUUGCCUUUCACGGCAGCCGUGGGGCGGGGCGGAGCAGCGUGGCGCGGCAGAGGCAACAGCAGAAGCAGCAGCGAGCAUGUCCUCGAGUAGGGCCAAGAAAGUGAAGAUGGCCACCAAGUCCUGCCCGGAGUGCGACCAGCAGGUCCCUGUUGCAUGUAAAUCAUGUCCCUGUGGCUACAUAUUUAUUAGUCGAAAACUCUUACAUGCUAGACGUGCUGAGAGAUCACCAGCCAUCACAGAAAACAAGAGUGAGGCCAAAAGGAGACGGACAGAGAGAGUUAAGCGAGAGAAGAUAAAUUCUGCAGUAAAUAAAGACUUAGAAAACCGAAAAAGAUCCAGGUCUAACAGCCAUUCAGAUCAUAGCAGACGAGGAAGAGGAAGACCUAAGAGUGCAUCAGCCAAAAAGCAUGAGGAAGAAAGAGAGAAACAAGAAAAGGAAGUUGACAUGUAUGCUAACCUUUCAGAUGAGAAGGCCUUCGUUUUUUCAGUGGCCUUGGCGGAAAUAAACAGAAAAAUUAUCAAUCAAAGACUUAUUCUGUAACAUGUAAGCACAAUCUGCUGCAUUUCUAUACAGAAUGGCUAGCUUAUUUCCAAGGUGUCAUGGACUCUCAGAAAGUGUGUUGUCUGCACCAACGAGGACCAUAGUAUUUCCUGUUAAAAUUCUGCUGCUGUUCUUGGAAAUGAAUUGUUUCUACAAGUCAGAAAAAAGUGUUCACAAGACUGUGCUAUGAAAAAUCAGAAAGCAGAUAUAUUUGACGGCUUGAAGACAAAUGCUAGAUGCACAGAGACUGCACCUAUUCCAGAGCACUUCUUUUAAAUUUGCUGCCAGAAAUGCAAUAUUUUAAAUAUUUUCAGAAAUAAGUGAUUUUCCUUUAAAAUUAUAUAUUUCAGAUUUUUCAGCUAUAUUGCAGUUUACAUAUGUACAGUUCACAUAUCUUUUUAAUAAAUUGAUAUUCCAGUA